AAUACAAAUCUUGUAGAAUUAUUUCGUCUGACUGAGACACUUAUCGAGCAGCUUGAAACAUGUCUGGAAGAGGUAAAGGAGGUAAGGGACUUGGAAAAGGAGGCGCCAAGCGUCAUCGUAAGGUGCUUCGUGACAACAUCCAGGGUAUCACCAAGCCCGCUAUCCGCCGCCUGGCUCGCCGUGGUGGUGUGAAGCGUAUCUCUGGUCUGAUCUACGAGGAGACCCGUGGUGUGUUGAAGGUGUUCCUGGAAAAUGUGAUCCGCGAUGCCGUCACCUACACUGAGCACGCCAAGAGGAAGACCGUGACCGCCAUGGACGUGGUCUAUGCUCUGAAACGCCAGGGCCGUACUCUGUACGGAUUCGGCGGUUGAAUACAUAUCUACCAUCAGAAAAACAAAGGCUCUUUUAAGAGCCGCCCAGUUACAUCAUGAAAAAAGCAUUUCCACAUCUCAACCUUA